AUGGCCGAAAACGCCGACAUACAAAGGCUAAAGGUAAAAAGAAGGAUAGCGAAGGCUGGGUUCACGCGCACCGAAAAUUUCAUAAAAUCAAUGCAGCCUGAUACAGUAGAUAUAGAUGAAUUAAGAAUAAAAUUGGACAAAUUAGCAGAAUUACGAAAAUCAAUAGAAGAAUGCGUAAUAGAGUUAGCAGUUUAUGAUAUUGAGGCAACUGAUGAACAAAUUGAUCAGCAAAUAGCAAGUUAUGAAGAAAAAUAUAUAGGUUUAAAGUUAAUGGGUGAGAGAGUGAUAAAAGCGCGCGAGAAACCAGCUGCUGCAUCAGAUAGCAAUCAUCUCGAGCAAGUGAUCGCGGGACCAUCUCCGUUUGCAUAUAAUACGAGAAAUAGAACACAAGAAACGCAUAUUAGAUUGCCAAAAAUUGAGUUGCCUAACUUUAGCGGAGCUUACGAAGAAUGGCAUUCGUUUUUUGGUAUUUUUGAUUCACUGAUUCAUUCAAAUGACUCGUUAAAUAAUAUCCAAAAAUUUCAUUACCUAAAAUCAGCUCUAAAAGGUGAGGCCGCGGAGAUCAUAGACUCAUUAGAAAUUACGGAUGCGAAUUACCGCGACGCUUGGUCGAGAUUAAAAAACAGAUAUGAUAAUGAAAGAAUCGCAAUUCAAAAUCAUAUCAAGGCUAUAUUUGAAUUACCUGUAACAAAAAGAGAAAACGGCAAUACGUUAAGAAACAUAUUAGAUAGCACUUUAAAACACACUCGAGCUUUAGCAGCAUUAAAUCGUCCAGUAAACGAAUGGGAUGACUUGUUAAUAUAUAUAAUAAGAAGUAGGUUAGAUUAUCUUACAAUCAAGGAGUGGGAAAACAGUUUAGAAAGCAAACAAAUGCUAAAGUUUAAGGAGUUCGUAGAUUUUUUAACUAAAAGAUGCGAAACUCUAGAAGCGGUAGCGAGACGGAGUCCAGCCAUAGAAUUUAAUAGAACUCGUCAAAAUUUCGGAAAAGUGACGACGGUUCACGCGGCAAUAACAGGUGUUAAAUGCGCUCAUUGUAAGGGAGACCAUCAGAUUUAUCAAUGUAGGGAAUUUAAAGAGUUACCAGUAGCGGAUCGUUUAAGCAAGGUCAAAUCCUUAAGAUUAUGUUUAAAUUGUUUAAAAGGUAAACAUACAGUAAAAGAUUGCAUUGCCAGUACUUGCAGAAAAUGUACAAAAAGGCAUAGCACGUUGCUUCACGACGAUCGUUACUCUACAAAAGACGACAAAGAGGAAACGGUUAAAUCGAAUCGGGAAGACGAGACAAAUAAAAAAGACAACACAAUAUGCAUACAUGCUCAAUUAACAAGAUUAAAAAAUGCUACUCAGGCAAUAUUAUCUACAGCAACAGUAUUAGUUAAAGAUAAUAAAGGAAAAUAUAUAGAAGGAAAGGCUCUGUUGGAUAGCGGAUCCCAAUCCCACUUUGUCACGGAAGAAUUUAUCAAGAAAUUAGGGCUAAAAACUAAAAAUGAUCUAAUUAAAGUAAACGGUAUAAAUAAACAGGCGUCGCAUGCCUUGAAAUCUGUAGAUUUACAUGUAACCUCUCGUUUUGGUACGUUCAGUAUGGACAUGUCAUAUAUAAUAUUGCCUAACAUAGUAGAAAAUUUACCCACAAUCGAGUCAAGAGUAGCAGACUGGGAUAUUCCUAAAAAUAUUAAAUUGGCCGACCCACAGUUCUAUCGCUCAAGUAAAAUAGACAUAUUAUUAGGAACAGAAAAGUUCUGGGAGUUAUUGUGUAUAGGUCAAAUCAAAUUAGGAAAAAACAAGCCUAUUAUUCAAAAAACACUACUAGGAUGGGUGGUUUCAGGUACUGUUGACAUAAGUAAUUCAGAUAGAAAUGGUCAAACUAGCUGUAAUCUCAGUACAAUGGAAAUUUUAAAUCAAACGGUUCAAAAAUUUUGGGAGAUAGAGGGUUUUCAAAAUGAUAAGAAGCUCACCUCAGAAGAGAAAUAUUGCGAGGAAUUAUUUAAUUCUAGUUAUAAACGGCAAACAGAUGGCAGAUUUAUAGUUAAAUAUAAAAAAGAAGUGCUACCUUUAUUAAAUGACUCAAGAGAAAUAGCGUUAAAGCGUUUUUUAUCACUAGAGCGAAAACUCAGUAAACAACCUACAUUCAAAGAAGAAUACGUUGCAUUCAUGAGAGAAUAUCAGCAAUUAGGACAUAUGACACGAGUAAAUACAAAUAAAGAAAACAAGUUUAGAGUUUUUCUUCCGCAUCACGCGGUAAUAAAAGAAACUAGCACAACGACCAAGACCAGAGUGGUCUUUGAUGCUUCUAGCCAAUCUUCUCAAGGCCGAUCGCUAAAUGAUGCUAUGUAUAAAGGUCCUGUAUUACAAUCGGAUUUAUUCUCUUUAAUAAUUCAAUUCAGAUGUUUCAAAUACGUGUUAUGUGCUGACAUUGAAAAAAUGUACAGACAAAUAUUAAUAAGUGAUGAACAAAGAGCACUGCAUAGCAUCCUUUGGCGUGAAGAUCCAAAAGAAGAAAUACAGGAAUUUGAGUUGAAUACUGUAACUUAUGGCACUAAAUCAGCUUCUUUUCUAGCAGUUAGAUGUUUAAUACAAUUAGCAGAAUCUGAAAGUGAUAAUUUUCCGAAAGCUGCGGAAGUCAUUCGUAACCAGUUCUACAUGGAUGAUUUGCUAACAGGGGGUAAUACUGAAACAGAAAUUAUAAAACUAAAAGAGGAUUUAACUAAAUUAUUAGCUAAAGGAGGUUUUAGAUUGCACAAAUGGAAAACCAACUAUCAUAAGUCCUACGAAAAUAAUCAGUCAGUAGACAGCACAGACAGUAACAAGGAUUGCGUAGAUAUUGUUAAAGAGAAAGAAUCAAAAUUGCUUGGCGUAUUAUGGAAUCCACAUCAUGACACAUUUCACUACGAAAUAACUCAAGGGGACCACGAGCCUCGGGUAACAAAGCGAGUAGUACUGUCGCAGGUGUGCAAGUUAUUUGAUCCGUUGGGUUUGGUAGGGCCAGUGGUGACAUCUGCCAAAAUAUUGAUGCAGGAAUUAUGGAGUUUAAAAAUUAACUGGGAUGAAUCGAUACCUAUGCACUUAUACAAAAGUUGGUGUCAAAUAAGAUCACAAUUAACUUUGCUAAACGAAUUACGAAUACCGAGACUAAUAAUUUCCAAAAAGAAUGAGUCAGUAAUACAAUUACACGGUUUUUGUGACGCAAGUCAGAAAGCAUAUGGCGCCUGUGUUUACAUUCGCGAAAGAGAUAAACAGGGAAAUAUUAAGGUUACAUUAAUUUGCUCUAAAUCACGUGUAGCGCCAAUGAAAAUCUUGUCAUUACCAAGGUUAGAAUUGUGUGGGGCAGUCCUAUUGGUAAAUCUGAUGAGUCGUGUACUAGGCAGUCUAAAAUUUGAAUUAGAACAAAGAUUUUACUGGACCGAUUCAAAGAUAGUACUUGCAUGGAUAGGCUCCCUCUCACGAAGAUGGCAUGUGUUUGUCGCGAAUCGCGUUAGCGAGAUACACAGCAAUUCGUCACCUUCUCAGUGGAAACAUGUGGGAUCUAAAGAUAAUCCUGCUGACCUUAUAUCAAGGGGUACAACCCCAGAACAAUUAAUAAACUGUGACAUUUGGUGGAAUGGACCACACUGGUUGAGGCAAGAGGUUGAAGUUUGGCCGCGGGAAGGUGAAGAGUUGUUAAAAGACAUUCCCGAAGAAAAGAAACAAUCGAUUGUAGCAUCGGCUACUAAUUGCGAAACAAUCAUAGAAUAUAACCGAUUUUCUUCUCUUUACAAAUUGUUUAGAGUAAGCGCGUACGUUUUAAGAUUCAUUUAUAACAUUAGAAAUAAUAAGAAAGAUCGAAUAGAAGGCGCGAUAAAUGCGAAGGAUCUCAAAAGGGCAAAAUUAACAAUAGUUAAAUUAGUGCAAGCGGAAGAGUUCAAAGAAGACAUAAGAAGACUAAAAACGGAUAAUAAACUGCAACGAAGUUCAAGACUGAUAUCACUCUUACCGUUCCUCGAUGACAAAGGAAUACUACGAGUAGGUGGCAGAUUGAGGCAUGCUACCAUACCAGAAGAGGCUAAACAUCCUGCCAUACUCCCCUCUCGUCAUCAUGUUACCAGACUGCUGAUAGUGCAUUAUCACGAGAAGCUUUUUCAUGCAGGAGUGCAAACUACUUUAAACUCGAUACGAGAGGAAUUCUGGCCAAUCUUAGCGAGAAACAGCGUUAAGGAAAUUAUACAUAAAUGUGUUCAAUGUCGAAAGGCGAGCCCGAAGGCUAGUUGGCAGUUGAUGGGACAACUGCCGGAUGUUUGA